AUGAAAAAAAAGAAAAGAAAAAUUGAGAUUAUUUUUGAUGUUCAAGCUAGAUGGGAAUAUCUAACUGGAUUUCAUAAAAGAAAGCUUGAGCGGAAAAAAAAAGUGGAAGAAUUCAUGAAAAAGCAAGAAAAAAAUAAAAGAUUAAGAAUUAACAAAAAUGUUAAGGAAAAAAAGAAUAUUGGAAUUCAGAAAUAUAUUAAAUCUGCUUCUUUGAUAACACAAGAGAAUGCUAUCCAGAAUCUUCAAGAUUUUAAUGUUCGGGAUGAGAAUAAGAAUAUUAAUAUUUGGCAAAAUAAAUAUGAUGAUCAAAAUUAUACAACUGUUACUAUUACUGAAGAUUUAAGUUAA